UGUGUGUGUGUGUGUGUGUGUGUUCAUUCAGAGCAGCGAUCAGAGAAAGAAACGUCCAAACUGCAGUGAAGGAACCAACCAGGCAGCAGAGCAGGUGAUGUCGGUGUCUCAGAUCACGCCCACGCUGUUCCUCAGCGGCGCCGACGGCCCCCUGAACGCCGCGCUGAUGUCACAGAAACGCAUCACGCUGAUCGUGAACGCCACGCUGAGCCACGCCAGCCCGGCCUACCCCGGCGUGGAGUGCGUUCGAGUCCCGGUCUCCGACCUGCCCAGCGCGCGCCUCGGGGACCACUUCGACCGCGUGGCCGAGCGGAUCCACGGGAACCGCGCCGGGGGAACGCUGGUGCACUGCGCCGUGGGCAUGAGCCGCUCGCCGGCGCUGGUCAUGGCGUACCUGAUGCGCUACCGUGGCGUGACGCUAGGCCAGGCGCACCGCUGGGUGCGGGACAGCCGGCCCUUCGUGCGGCUCAACUCCGGAUUCUGGGAGCAGCUGCUGCAGUACGAGAGGAGGCUGUACGGCAGGAACACCGUCAGGGUGGAGCCCGUGCGGGAGGCGCCGCGGUCGGUACCGUUAGCGCUACCGCUAACGCCAAAGCUAACGCUGGUCCCCAGGUCGCCGCUGAUGUCACGACCGCAAGCGAUGACGCCCGCAAGCAGGCGCAGAAGAGGAACCAAAGCCGGCGCUGUCAAAAUCUGAGCAGUGAAAAGAAAAGAACAAAGGUGGAAGGAUUUUGGGGCCCCAGUGUUCUCUCUAAUGCCCCAAUGUUCUCUCUAAUGCCCCAAUGUUCUCUCUAAUGCCCCAAUGUUCUCUCUAAUGCCCCAAUGUUCUCUCUAAUGCCCCAAUGUUCUCUCUAAUGCCCCAAUGUUCUCUCUUAUGCCCCAAUGUUCUCUCUUAUGCCCCAAUGUUCCCUCUAAUGCCCCAAUGUUCUCUCUUAUGCCCCAAUGUUCUCUCUUAUGCCCCAAUGUUCCCUCUAAUGCCCCAAUGUUCUCUCUUAUGCCCCAAUGUUCCCUCUAAUGCCCCAAUGUUCUCUCUUAUGCCCCAAUGUUCUCUCUUAUGCCCCAAUGUUCUCUCUAAUGUCCCAAUGUUCUCUCUAAUGCACCAAUGUUCUCUCUUAUUCCCCACUGUUCUCUCUUAUUCCCCAAUGUUCUCUCUAAUGCCCCAAUGUUCUCUCUUAUUCCCCAAUGUUCUCUCUAAUGCCCCAAUGUAAUGUUCUCUCUAAGGAUUUUGGGGCUCCAGUUCUGAAUGUUUUCUCAAUAAAAAAACAAACAGAAUAUGUCCGUUAACUCUCAGGGGAUUUCACGCAAGGAUUGGGCAGCUUUCACAGCCACUAAAAGAACCACCAAAUGCUUGCUCUUUUACAUGACCGAGUAGAGAUCCUUCUGCCUUCUCCAAUGUUCACUCUAAUGCCCUGAUGUUCUCUCUAAUGCCCCAAUAUUUCCUCUAUUGCCCCCAAUGUUCCCUCCAAUUCCUCAAUGUUCACUCUAAUGCCCCAAUGUUUCCUCUAUAGCCCCCAAUGUUCACUCUGAUGCCCCAAUGUUCUCUCUAAUGCCCCAAUGUUCUCUCUUAUUCCCCAAUGUUCUCUCUAAUGCCCCAAUGUUCUCUCUUAUUCCCCAAUGUUCUCUCUAAUGCCCCAAUGUUCACUCUAAUGCCUCAAUGUUCUCUCUAAUGCCCCAAUAUUUCCUCUAUUGCCCCCAAUGUUCCCUCCAAUUCCUCAAUGUUCACUCUAAUGCCCCAAUGUUUCCUCUAUAGCCCCCAAUGUUCACUCUGAUGCCCCAAUGUUCUCUCUAAUGCCCCAAUGUUCUCUCUUAUUCCCCAAUGUUCUCUCUAAUGCCCCAAUGUUCACUCUAAUGCCUCAAUGUUCUCUCUAAUGCCCCAAUGUUUCUUCUAUAUCCCCCAAUGUUCCCUCUCAUGCCCCAAUGUUCUCUCUAAUGCCCAAUGUUCUCUCUAAGGAUUUUGGGGCUCCAGUUCUGAAUGUUUUCUCCAAAACCCAACUGAAUAUGUCCUGUUAACUCUCAGGGGAAUUCACACAAGGAUUGGGCAGCUUUCACAGCCGCUAAAUGUGCACAAAACAGACAAAAAGAACCACCAAAUGCUUGCUCUUUAAACUAGACCUUUAAACUAGCAACUAGCUACUGCCCAACACAUACACCCAGGGCUUUAAAUGCACUCGUUUGAUCCCCAGCCAACAUGGCUAGUAGAUUUAGCCAAUCAGAUCUUCCACUAGCCUAAUUAACUUUACGUUAAUUUCAGCUCCUUGUUUGGCUCUGUUCCGUUCGUCUUCUCCGUUUCACCGUAGCUCGUAAUCAAUGCCAAACAUGUAGCCAACAGGUCACGACACAAGUGUUCAUGGGAUAUGUAGGAGUAAAACUACAAGCAGUGAUGCCAGAUAAAGAUUACGUUUCCAAGCCAAACACACAUAAAACCGGCCAACUGUCUUGGCAGAAAACAGACAGUUGUUUGCUUCUUACAUCACCGGACAGACUGGCUCCUAACUUUAAAAUAUUUCCCACCAAAGUUAAUUUUUACCUAACUUGGCGGGUGUUAAUUUAAAGCUCUGCAUACACUCAUAAUUAGGGAUGCACUGAAUCCAGAUUUUUGGGGUUUCGGCUGAAUCCUGAAUCCACUGGUUGAGAUUGUGC